UGUAAGUGCGCCGCAGCGCCCAGUGAGGGUUUGUUGAUCAUUCACGGGGAGACCGCAGUGACAGGCUUGUUAAGGUUUCAUUAUAAACGCUCCGCCUAGAGGUUAAAUUAUUUCUUCGCUUCUGAAAGUGGACAGUAGAUCUGCAGCCCUGUAUUCUAAAGAAGAAGACGAGUAUUUCACCAUGAACUCCGACAUAGAUGGAGACACUGAGAAUCAGGUGGAGCUGGAGGAGAAGACGAGACUCAUUAACCAGGUCCUGGAGCUGCAGCACACUUUGGAAGACCUCUCGGCACGAGUCGAUGCGGUGAAAGAAGAGAACCUCAAGCUGAAGUCGGAAAACCAGGUGCUGGGACAGUACAUUGAGAACCUCAUGUCGGCGUCCAGCGUCUUCCAGACGACUGACACAAAGAGCAAACGAAAGUAAGGGGCUGCCUCCCCUUUCCCAUCUCCCUGACCACCACCGAUCAUGUUUACAUCUGUGUAGUCAUUAAAAUGCACAUUAAGCUCUGUUUAUAGGUUUUUGUUUGUAUUAAUUUAACAUUUUUUAUGUAAUCUGUUCCGGUUUGGCGUAAAGCCGCGGACUCGUCGUGCUCAGCCUUCUGCAUGGGUUGGGGACUUCCCAGAGAAUCGCCUUCUACGAACGAUGUUUCGUGUGGCGUCCUUGACUCUUUUAGUGAAGUUUGCAGGGACAGAAGUUGACUUCACCAUCUGUGGUAUUUUCCUGUCUGUGCCAGUUUGUCAAAUGGAAAGGACUGUUUUGAGCGGUUUGCCACAUGCAGGACAAAACAGACACACUAGGGAAUUUGAAUAGUGUGCAAAUCUGUGUGAACUUGAGGAAUUUAAAUAAUAAACCUGCAUGACUUUGACUGGGAAGGCGAGUACAGGGCUAUACAAGACUGGUUUAGAGAAAUAGUUCAGAUUAUUUGGCUUUUACAGUUCUCGGUGAGUCCUUACCAAUCUCUUGACAAGUCUGGUGUGAUGUAACAUAUACACCAGAUUAUAUCUUUUCUGUAUAAAUAGGUAAGCACAAAGAGGGCUGUACAGAAACAGUGUAUACUAUGUGUAUGCCUGAAUACACUGGUUCCAUCUACUUACUUUCAGCAGUAUCUGUUUAAGAUGAAAGUGCUUUGUAUUGAUUUAAACUAUUGUGAGUGUCAGCACAAUGAGAAUAAGGCCACUCGCAUUAUGUACUGAGGUCAUUACCAGUGAAGUUGUAAACACUCAGCGUUAUUAUUCUAAUAUGAGUUUAAUGAGGAUUAAACGGAUACACUUUCUUUUGCACAUAGGUGUAUGGGCAAAUUAGUAUUACAACAAAAAUGAAAAAUGUGUUCUUUUUACUGAUCUGACUGCUUUAAUUACUGUACCUGGGGAAUAAAAUGCAGUGUUAAACAAUGCUUUUAACACACAAGGGACAGAGCUGACUGCUCUCUGACAUUAUAAAACAGUCUGUUCCAUUUCAGAUCGGUGGAGUUUCUAGGGAAAAUGUCAAUAGAGGGUUGGAGUUUCCCAGUUAUUUCAGUCAUCAGUUUCGCUAAUGUUACUGUUAUUCAAAGAUGAAUUGGCACAGAGUUUUUUUUUAACCGAAGGCCAAACUAGACUUGGUACUCAGAAUUUAUUCUGAAGAUGAUCAUCAUGUUCUGUAGAGCUAGUUUACAAAGAAUCAGGAGAAGCCCACAGACUGAUGAAAUUUGCCACCAGUGCAGACAUGGUAGGCCGCUGUUGAUGUGGUGCCAGUGUAGUUUCAGAUGAUGUUGUGGUUAAGUGGGCAGGAAGGCUAAGGAGGAAUAAUGGCUUGGCACUGCACUUAAAGGCGGAAGAAAUAUUGAUCAUUAAAAAUUGUUAGGAACAUUGAUUUGUGUUUGGAUUUGAAAACAUUCAGGGCACAGUCAAAUAAAAUGUGGUGCCAGAUGCUAUUUAAUGUAAAAGUGGAUCCAAGUCUCCUGUUAUUAGAGCCCUUUAAAACCGUGGCCAACGAUCAGGUGUCCGCGUAAGUGUGUAUUUAUGAGGAAACAAGUCCUGUGGGGUGUUUCCUUGAUGAAGAGAAUUAACCUGGAGUUUUCAGAACUUUUAGAGAGAAUGUCAUAAUUUAUUUGCAUUGAAAGUAGUUUUAUUAUUUUUUUAUUUUUUCCUGCGGACAUGUAACUUGCCUACACACCCCGAGAUAUUACUGACUUUGUGUGUAGAUUGUGUACAUUUUAUUACUGUGUUGGCUUUUGAGACUUUUGUUUUAAUAAAGAUGUUUUUGCUUUUGCA